AGAACACAUACCUCGCGGAGCUUAUAUGUGAGGCUAGCCUUGUCAUUUGGGACGAGGCACCUAUGACUCAUCGCCACGUGUUUGAAGCGGUUGACCGCACCUUUCGGGAUAUCCGUUCAAAGGUUAAUCCGGAUGUAUCCUCAGCAUGUUUUGGAGGGAUCACAAUGCUUCUUGGAGGGGAUUUCAGACAAGUUAUGCCAGUGGUUCCGAAGAAGGGAAGGGAAGAUAUUGUAGGUGCAAGUAUUAGCAAAUCCUUUUUAUGGGAUGAUUGUACCGUUUUUAACCUGGUUGAGAACAUGCGGAUUGAGAGAGAUGUCCCUCCAGUGACAAUUGAUGGAAGAAAAGUGCCUUUUCGUAAUUGGGUAUUAGCACUAGGCGAUGGAACUGAGCAAACAACUAAUUUCGAUGAUGACAUGGAACCUUCAUGGAUAAAGAUCCCUGCAGAGGUCUAUCUAAAAGCCGGUGACGAUCCACUACAAACAAUGGUAAACGAAAUUUAUGGCCACCUCGGUGAACAGCAUGUGCACAUGGAAUAUAUUCGUGACCGAGCAAUAUUAACACCCCUGAAUGAAUAUGUCGAGGCUGUCAAUAAUGAGGUGUUGCAUAGACUACCUGGAGAGUUGAAAAUUUAUAGAAGCUAUGAUAGUAUCUGUAAGGCAGCUUCCACGCCAGUUGACGAGGUUUUAUACCCUCUGGAAUACCUCAACUCUUUAAAAUUCAGCGGCCUUCCGAAUCACGAGCUCCAAGUGAAGGUCGGUUCUCCUAUAAUGUUGCUGCGGAACCUUAAUCCAAAAAAGGGCCUAUGCAAUGGUACUCGACUCAUUGUAACAAGAUGUUACAACUUCCUGCUGGAAGCAAGAAUUAUGACGGGUAAUAAGAUCGACGAUAUUACAUAUAUACCAAGGAUAAAUAUGUGCCCGGCUGACAAGACGUUUCCGGCAAUGGUGAAAAGAAAACAGUUCCCUAUAGCUGUUUGCUACGCAAUGACAGUGAAUAAAAGCCAGGGCCAAACGGUAAAAAACGUGGGACUUUAUUUACCUAAACCAGUUUUUAGCCAUGGCCAGAUCUACGUCGCAGUAUCAAGGGUUACCUCACCACGGGGGCUAAAGAUUCUGUGUGUGGAUGAAGAUGUUAAACAGGCGGGCUAUACCAAAAAUAUUGUGUACCACGAGAUAUUUGACAAUUUGAUGCCAGCACAGACCGGUGUACAAACAUGAAUACCAUGCAUGAACGUGGCAGGCAUCCAUUGUCAACAAAAAUAUAAAACUGACUUUGUUGGCCUAAAACACAUGUUUGCCAGGCACAUUUAAUACAAAAAGAAGGGCGAACCUCCCGGAAAUCAGAUUGAACAUUUUGCACAUUCCCUGUGUUACACUGACCAUUUGCACAUUUAAGUUGGAUUGAGUUAAGGUCGUCAUUACAUUCAUUCAAAAUAUUAUUUGAGAGUAUGGGAAUUACUUUUAGUGGUGAUAUGUUUGUCUGGUUGUUUAUGAUUAGCGUUCUUAUUGGUUGCGACAACUGGGAUUAUUUUAAGAUCUUUGUUUUUAUAAUGAAAAGUUUUGA